GGCGCGCACCGCCACCACCCCAAGUUCCCCAAGUCCUCGGAGGAGGUCGACACCGCGCUCUACAAGAAAGUGGCGUGUUCAAGUGAAAAUGACCUGUUAAGAAAUGAUUUAAUCGAGAAGUCAAAAUGUGGCGAGCCUAAGGAGGUGUUCGUGCACCUGCACCCGCGGGCCACGCAUGAACAGGUGAGCCCUGGCGCGGUUUGGGUGAAGCGCUGUGUCGGCCUCUGCGACUACGAGGCCUCGGGUUCUAAGUGCGUCGCCACCAAAACUAAAAUCCAACACAUACCGGUGAGGAUAUACAAUGUAAAGACGAACAAGGAGACUUGUUCAACGUACCCUGUGGAGGUACACGAGAGUUGCGGCUGCUGCGCGCUGUCAGCCUCGGAGUGCGGGGCGCCGAGGGUGUAUAACCCCCGUAAGUGCUCCUGUCAAUGUCCCAACGUCGAGGAGAAGCGGAGUUGCCACAGGAAGCGGAACCAGAAUAUGAAGUGGAAUCGGUAUAAAUGUAUUUGUGAAGAAAAGAGAAAGGCGAGACGAGGAUUCCCUCCAGGAUUCUGAUCUAUAGCUCAAGUGAAGUGUUAGUGACUCUGAAGUGACAGAAACAUUUGGCAUUACUGCACGACUGAAUUAAGUGUUUAAAAAAUCGUAUUGUUGAAAUUUAAACAGUAUUAUUGAUGUAAGUUAAUUUAUUUGUUUAGUUUAUAAGAUUAUGGGACCAAAUUAUGCUGUGACUUAACUUAGUUCCAUUAAAAUUCUUUGUACUUAAGUUUCAAAUCCUAUUAGUUUUGUAUUAUUUAUUUUAAUAGUUUAAAUGGCUUUGAUUACUUUUAAUAUGACUUUGUCUCGAUAGUUUGUAAGUGCUAGGACAUCACUACUCAGUAUUUUAUAGGUUAUAUUAAGCGCUUUUUGCGCAAUUCCUAAAUUGUGAUAUAGUCAUUCCAGUAGGUUAUUUAGUUAUUGUUAAGGCAUUUACUUAAUAGCUAAUAAGAACAUUUGCUUCUAGUCAAAAGGUUCUUUUAAGUGUAUUUAUUUAAAUUAUUUUAAAUCAAUUUAAUUAGCUCUCUGUAUAAAUUUUCGCUUUUCUUUUUAUAGCAAUGUUUCGUUUGUAAACUGUAUUGAGUUUAAUUUGUCAGGGUCCUAGUCUGAAUUGUGCCAAAGGCAUGGAAUCUCCCUUCGUUUUCUAAAUUAAUUAAUUUAUUAAUAGUUUUUAAGGUAAGCUUCAAAAGCUACAAGUGAUAGAAUCACAU